UAUCCUUAAACACAUUCACAGUUCAGUCUUCAGUAGGCCUCUCCCUCUGUAGCGGGCGGUUAGUGUAGACCUGUACGCCGUCUAUACUGUAGAAGUGUACAGCAGCGGUCGAGAUUCGAGAAGAGUGAGUAAGCGACAGACUUUUUGCGUCCGCCAUCAGCAAAGCGCGCAAACGCCAAACCUGCAGAGGAGGCCGACGGGCUGAGAAGUCUGACCUGUGGCACGCAGCUCGUAGAGAGACGAGUUUUUCUUUUAUCGAUCAAGUUUAUCUCCAGUUCAGCGUCUGAAAGCCAUCAUCGCCCUGAGAGAAACAUCGCCUCGCCGUUGUCUAAUUGGGUUUAGACAAGCCGAUUGCUUUCUACAGUCUCGACACAAUAGUAGCCAUGGGCCGUUACAGAAGCCGAAGCCGUGAUAGGGAUCGCAGAAGGAGGUCACGUACUCGCUCACGUAGCAGAUCCCCUUUGAGGGAUAGAAGAGGAUGGGGAGGUGGAGGUGGCCUCAGGGAUCGAGGUGGUGGCAGAAAUGGAAGAAGCCAGCCAGGAGCAAACCUGAAGAAACCUAGAUGGGAUAUGAAUAGAUUAGAGCCCUUUAAAAAAGAUUUUUACGUACCUUGUGACUCGGUACAGAACAGAGAUCCUCGAUCUGUAGAGCAAUACAGGAGUGAGAAGGAAAUUACACUGAAAGGAAAGGGUAUUCCAAAUCCAGUUUUUACUUUUGAGGAAGCUGGUUUUCCAGAGUACGUCAUGAGAGAAAUCAAAAGACAAAACUUUAAGGAGCCAACUUCAAUCCAGGCACAGGGUUGGCCAAUUGCCUUAAGCGGUAGAGACAUGGUUGGCAUUGCUUCAACCGGGUCUGGAAAAACCCUUUCGUACAUUCUGCCUGCUAUUGUGCAUAUCAACAGCCAGCCAAAGUUGUGUCGGAAAGAUGGGCCUAUUGCACUGGUGCUCGCCCCCACGCGAGAAUUGGCACAGCAGAUCCAACAGGUCGCCGACGACUUUGGGCACUCGUCUGGAAUUAAAAACACAUGUCUUUACGGCGGAGCACCAAAAGGCUCGCAAGCAAGAGACCUGGACAACGGAGUUGAAAUUGUCAUUGCAACUCCAGGACGUUUGUUGGAUUUCCUCGAGUCUGGUAGAACUAAUCUGAAGAGAUGCACUUACCUAGUUCUUGACGAAGCCGACAGGAUGUUGGACAUGGGUUUUGAGCCACAAAUCAGAAAAAUCAUUGAACAAAUUCGACCUGACAGGCAGACACUCAUGUGGUCUGCGACCUGGCCUAAGGAAGUGAAGAAUCUGGCCGAAGAGUUCCUUAAGGAUUACGCACAAAUCAACGUAGGAUCCUUGCAGUUAUCCGCUAAUCACAAUAUCCUGCAAAUCAUUGACGUUUGCCAGGAAUACGAGAAGGAAAUAAAAUUAAGCACGCUUUUGAAAGAAAUCAUGGCAGAAAAGGAAAAUAAGACCAUCGUAUUUAUCGAGACCAAGCGUAGAGUUGACGAGAUUACGAGGAAGAUGAAGAGAGACGGCUGGCCAGCCGUUUGCAUUCACGGCGACAAAACACAACAAGAGAGAGAUUGGGUUUUGCAAGAUUUCAGAUCCGGCAAAGCUCCCAUACUCGUCGCUACUGACGUAGCAGCCAGAGGACUAGACGUUGAAGAUGUCAAGUUCGUUAUCAACUUUGACUACCCGUCGUGCUCGGAAGAUUACGUACACAGGAUUGGACGAACCGGACGCAGGCAGAAGACCGGUACAGCCUACACCUUCUUCACGCCGAGCAACGCUGGCAAAGCUAACGACUUGGUACAGGUACUCAAAGAAGCCAACCAGGUCAUCAAUCCCAAACUGCUCGAGUUGGCCGACCGAGGUGGUGGUUUCGGUCGACACAGAGGUAAAGAUCGAGGCAGAAACAGAUGGCGAUCGAAGAUUGCGCGCCGGGAAAAAGAACGAAGCUUGUCGAGAAGUCGCAGUCGCAGCUUGAGCCGAGAGCGCAACGGCAAAGGUCGACGAAGUUACAGUCGUAGUUAUUCGCGAAGUCGAAGUUACUCGCGAAGCCGAAGUCGCAGUCCGAUUAAUAACCGCUCAGAAGUUAUUGGAAAGAGUUAUUGGAGUAACGAGAGAUGAUUACUCCGGAAAUAAUUUGUCUUUUGGCAAAUUAAAAGCAAAAAUAAAUGAAUAAAAGAUCAAUCAAUUGUCGCGCAAUGAAACAUGUGAAAUGAAAGUGAUGAAAAGAGCAUCAUAAUUAAUUUAUAUACAUACAUAUAUAUAUAUAUAUAUACAAAAGCCUUCUUUCAGGAGCAUGUGUGUGCGUGUCCGUUUGCUGAUGAAGAAUGAACAAUCAUUUGACAUUCGUGAUCAUGCUUUCGAUGUUCUUCUUAUAUUUUAAAAAGUUAACAUUAUCAUAUAUAAAACGAAAGAAAAUGGACAACUACUCAGAUUAAGUUAAAAAUAAAUUUUUAGCACAAUUGUAUAGCAGGGAAUAGAUCAUAUUUGUGUUUCAAUGUAAAAUCCGUAAUAUUCAUUCCUAUGAUUAGGUCUGGAAACUAUGAUUGUACAGUAUUUAAGAUGAAAAGUGCAAAAUAAAUUUGUUAGCUACAUUA